AUCAGGGGCUUGCUCUUGGCAAUACUAAACCACAAGGUAGCCUUGCAGGAGAAAGCAGAGUUCCACCAUGCACAGCUCAGUGCUGCUAUGUUGCCUGGUCUUACUGGCUGGAGUAGUGGUGGGUCAAGGUGAAGAUACCCAGUCUGAAAAUAACUGCACCCACUUCCCAGCUGGCCUGCCACACAUGCUCCGAGAUCUCCGAGCUGCCUUUGGCAGGGUGAAGACUUACUUUCAAACAAAGGAUCAGUUGGACAGCAUGCUGUUAAGCCAGUCCCUGCUGGAGGACUUCAAGGGUUACCUGGGUUGCCAAGCCUUGUCAGAGAUGAUCCAGUUUUACUUGGUGGAAGUGAUGCCCCAGGCAGAGAACCACAGUCCAGACAUCAUGGAACAUGUAAACUCCCUGGGAGAGAAGCUGAAGGUUCUCCGGUUGCAGCUGCGGCGCUGUCAUCGAUUCCUUCCCUGUGAAAAUAAGAGCAAGGCCGUGGAGCAGGUGAAGAGCGCAUUUAGUAAGCUCCAAGAGCAAGGCAUCUACAAAGCCAUGAGUGAGUUUGACAUCUUCAUCAACUACAUAGAAGCCUACAUGACAACGAAGCUCAACAACUAA